UAGGACUAACCUCCCAAAAGAAGUUAUGGGAUUUAUGGACUUUCCAGUGCCAAAAGAAAAAAGGUCAUAUCUUCCCCGGCAAGAAAUUUUGGACUUUCUGAAUCAAUAUGCUGAUGAAUUCGGUUUGAGACCACUAAUGAAGUUCAACUCCAUGGUCACGGACAUCAGUCCGCUAGAAAAUGAUCGUUGGCAAGUGACCUACGUCAACAAACCAACCAAGGAAAUAAUUGUUGAUAAGUAUGACGCUGUCAUGAUUUGUAAUGGCCACUACAAUGAUCCUGUUAUACCAAAAAUAGAAGGGCAAGACAAGUUCACCGGAAAAAUAGAGCACAGUUGCACUUACAGAUGUCCAGAACCAUACGAGGGAAAGAGAGUUUUGGUCGUUGGUGCUGGACCAUCUGGGUUGGAUGUAACACUUCACAUGGCGAGAGUGGCUGAAACUGUUGCCUUCAGUCAUCAUUCAGAAGAAGCUAGGAAUAGCCCAUUUCCAAAAAACGUCCAACAAAAACCAGACAUUAAGCGCAUCAUAAGCAGUGAUGAAGUUGAAUUCGUUGACGACACUUGUUGUGGUUUCGACGUCAUAAUAUUUUGUACGGGAUACAACUACAGCUUUCCAUUUCUCAAUGAAUCUUGUGGGAUAAGAAUAGAUGACAAUUACAUACAACCACUGUAUAAACACAUGAUCAAUAUUUGCAAACCAACAAUGUGUUUCAUUGGUGUUCCGUUCAACGUAUGCACUUUCAUGAUGUUUGACCUACAAGCCCACUAUUUCUCCAAGGUCCUCGAUGGCUCGCUACGUUUGCCCUCCACGGAAGAGAUGGAAAUUGAAACUAAAAAAGAUAUGGAUGCACGAUGGGCCAAAGGCUAUACAAAAAGACAGGCUCAUAUGAUGGGGGACAUCCAAGAAGCGUAUUAUGAAGAACUCUCAGAAGGGGCAGAAACGUUUACUAUUGCACCUGUUUAUGUCAAACUGAGAAAUCUAAGCGUGGAAAACUUGUAUAAAAACCUACUCAACUUCAGGGAAGAUGAGUACCAAAUUCUUGAUGAUGACAAUUAUAUUAAAGUGGCAUAAGAUUUAAUGACCAGUAUUCUCCGGUUAUACUUCACCAAGUGUGCAGUUGCUAGAAUGUUAUUCAGGAAACUUUGAUUCCAUAUUAUAUUUCCAUAAUGACAGUAUUGAUAGACGACUUUUGGGUGUUUUUAAGUGAGUAUAUUUGCGAUGUCUAGUAACACAACAGAAAAAAAGACUAUAUACUCACGUACGAUUUUCGCAUUCUUUCAACCACAUGCUUGUCUAGACAAGAACCAGAGAUAAAAAGACUGGCCUUGAAUGAAAUAUGUUUGAUAGAAAACAAGAACAGAUUUAUUGUUUUUAUUCUGAUAUCUAUUUUAUUAUUGUUUUAUAUUUUUUGAACAAUUUAUAACUGAAUAUGCGCAUUCUUUAGAUUAUUUAUUAUAUGUUAAGACUCGCAUGUAUUAUUACUAUUAGUUAUUGUACCUAUUGUACAAAAUAUAUAGGAGUGUUUCUUUCAUGCAAUAAAGUUACCAAAGUUCAA